AUGACAAUCACAUUCCAAAUUCGAGUCACUCGAGUCAACCUGGUUCUACCUGGACAAAGAAUUACUGCCGUUUUGGCGGACUUCGGUAAUACUGGUACCUCGAUGAAGUUACCAAUAAUCCUGAUGGUUGUGUUUGUUAUUAGCAUUGCAAUUGGCGUAUAUUUUGUCGUGACAAAGGAAAGUGACAUGAAUGGAGAUGAUAUGAACCGCGCUACAAAGACAAAUCGGUCAUCUGCAUUUGAAUUCAGCGGAGAAUCAGAAAUAUCCUCUGAUAUAGCAGCAGCUUUGAUUAAAAGUCAUAGCAUGGAAAACAAUGGAUCUAUGUACCCUACUGAUCCCAUUUGCCGGGAUUUGCCAAAGUCAUCUGUAUUCGUUUUUGAUUGCUACCACCAGAGAACUUUUAAUGACCUACCCGAUAAUAGCACUGUCAAAUGCACGUACCUGAAACGAGUUGGGUUAUGUAUACAGGCUCUACUGGAGGAAACGUACGACAUUGAUUGCGACUUAGAAGAUCGGUUGUUUCUACUAAAUCUUAAUGCAGAGACCAUUUUGGAGAGAAGCAACUUCAACGUUAGAACAGAAUGUGUGUGA